ACUCUUACUGCUGCUGCUGAUGUUGUUGUGUUUGUUAUUGUUCGGUAGGUCGGUUGGUCGUUGCUGUCGUUGUUCGAUGUUGUUUUUGUUGCUAUUUGUUUUGCUUAAAGUAUCUAUAGAAUACGUAGAGAAUUUUGGUCAGUAGUAGUAUGUUUUAUAUGGCAAACGUUUUAGACUACCGUCAGUUGUCGAACAAACCCUUGUGCAAAAACGUUCGUUAAAAAAAAUAAAUAAAAAAUUAAGAAACAAAAAGAAAACUCUUGAGAGAAAUAUUGCAAAAAAGCACAGACAUAAUAUAAAAAGUUCUUACCUACACAUUCUAAAAAGAUACAAAAAAAAAACUUAAAUAAAAUUUACUUUUCGACAAUUGAAUUGUUUUGUGUGUAUUUGAUUUGCUUUUUGUUUGUAAAUAAAAUUUUCUACCUACAAAUUCAACCACUUUUAGAACAUGUGAGAAAAAUUUCUAGUUUCUAUUAAGAGACACAAAUUAUUAAGUUUCAACAAGUGCUUUAAUAACACAAAAUUCCCAAACAAUUGUAAGAAAAAAUUGAAUCUUUUAGAACAACAGAACAAAAGCUAAGCAAAAAAGUGACAAGUGUUGUUAUAUAUUUAUUUUUCAUUUCAUACAUAGCCUGUCUACAAGUAAAACGUGAAGAAAAAAAUCAAACUCACAUUUAUUGAUUUUAUUUCCAUUUCGUGUAGAUUUUGUGGUUUGUUACCCUAGGGCGUAUACGUACUUUUUUUGCUCUUCAUAUUUGUGUAAUAUUUGGUAUUUGUUUAUGUUUAAACCCACCACGCGCCUACUCGUGCCACAACGCUUUAACUCUAUGAACAAUUUUUAUGUUGGAAAUAUUUAAGCAUUAAGUAAAUUCUUGUGUUUUGGCUGAAAUUUAAGUUUCUCCAACAUGUCGUUUGAUAUACCAAUCGCUGAACAAAUGCGUAUAGCAUUAAGCUACGUCAAGUUCAAAACUAAACAAAAACGUUUACGUACAGAUGAAAAGGUCAUUGUCGAUACUACAUAUGGCAAAAUUAAAGGUGUUAAAUGGCGUUCACUCUACGGUCCCACCACAUAUUACAGUUUUGAAGGCAUACCAUUUGCCAAGCCUCCAGUGGGUGAGUUGCGUUUUAAAGCGCCCGUAGAACCGGAACCAUGGACGGGCAUUAAACGUUGUACACGUGUACGUGCCAAACCCUGUCAAUAUAAUAUUAUAAUGAAACAAGUUCAAGGACGUGAAGAUUGUCUGUAUUUAAAUGUCUACACAAAAAGGCUAAAGCCUACCAGACCAAUGCCAGUUUUGGUUUGGGUUUAUGGUGGUGGUUUUCAAAUGGGUGAAGCAUCCAGAGAUUUAUAUAGUCCGGACUAUAUUAUGAUGGAAAAUGUUGUUCUAGUAACAAUUGCCUACAGAUUGGGACCUUUAGGAUUCCUAAGUCUUGGUGACGAAGGCUGUGAUGUACCCGGUAAUGCGGGCUUAAAAGAUCAAGUUUUGGCCUUAAAAUGGAUCAAAAAGAAUUGUCAUUACUUUGGAGGAGAUUCUGAAAAUAUUACCGUUUUUGGUGAAAGUGCUGGAGCUGCAUCUACACACUAUUUAACAUUGACCGAACAAACGAAAAAUCUAUUUCACAAAGCAGUUGCCAUGUCAGGCUGUGCCAUGGUACCAUGGGCUAAAAUACCUCACUUAGAUUGGGCCUAUCGUUUGGCAAAAGUUACCGGCUAUAAGGGAGAAAAUAAGGAUACAGAUGUAUUGGCAUAUCUAAAGCAAUUACAACCCAGUGUUAUGUUUAAGGCCUGUGAUGAUUUACUAACCACCGAGGAGAGACAACAUAGCAGAUUGAACUUUAGUUUUGGACCUUGUGUGGAACCGUACAAAACAGAGCAUUGUGUUAUUGAUAGAGAACCUUUGGAAAUGUUAAGAAAUAAUUGGGGCAAUAAUAUACCUUUACUAAUAGGUGGCAAUUCUUUUGAGGGACUUUUGGCAUUUUCCGAAAUUAGAAAGUAUCCAUAUCUAUUAAAUGAAAUAGGUGAGGGUGAGAGUUUGCCACCACAAGAUGCGAAUUUAACACCAGAAAAACGUUUGGAAUAUGGUCGCAUGUUAAAGCAAAUGUAUUUUGGUGAUCAGCAUACAACCUGUGAAGCCUUAAUGCAGUACAGUGAUCUUAUUUCAUAUAAAUGUUUUUGGCAUGGCAUACAUCGUACACUGCUGUCACGACGUCAAUAUGCUACAGCGCCCACCUAUUUGUAUCGUUUUGAUUUCGAUUCGAAACAUUUCAAUUUAAUGCGCAUCAUCACGUGUGGUCGCAAAGUACGUGGUACCUGUCAUGCCGAUGAUCUAUCGUAUCUUUUCUACAAUGCGGGCGCAAAAAAACUUAAAUAUCGCACCGCUGAAUAUACAACAAUACGUCGAAUGGUAGCAAUAUUAGUAAAAUUUGCUGAAUGUGGUGAUCCCAAUAUACCGCUAACGGAUGCGGUUUGCUGGCCUUCAUUAAAUGGCUGUAUCAGCAAUGGCCAUCACAAACAAAAGCAAUACCAACAACAACAUCACCAGCUUCAGUCUCCCACUGAAAAGGAUGCUUACAAACAUAUGCAAAAUGAUGGAAAUUCUAAUGGUGAUGUUUCUCCCAUGAAUGGUCAUGAUGUUCAUAUUAAUGAUGAUAAUGAUGUGAAUGUUGAUGAUGAUGCUGUAGUUAGUGAUUGUGUCAAUAAUGAAAGCAAUACAAAUAUGGAUGAACAACAACAACAACAAGUUCAUCAUCAUCAACAGCAGCAGCAACAACAUCAAUAUUGGCCACCGAUUACAUGUUGUGAUGACACAACAACAACAUUCAAAUGUUUAAAUAUUUCGGAUGAAUUGGAAGUGAUUGAUUUGCCAGAAGCUGAAAAAUUAAAACUAUGGGAUGCCAUGUAUGAAGAUAAAUCCUUAUUAUAUUAGGGACAUCAACAACUGUUAUAAAUAUUAAAUAAAAUAUCCUAUACCAAACUACACUCCCAUUUGUCCUGUGUUUAAACAACAACAUUUUAUUUGAAAAAUUUCAUCAAAUUUCUAAAACAAAAAAAAAGCAAAUAAAUAACAAAAUUGUCGAUAUUACUAUAUAGAACACAUACACAUAUAAACAUUUGAUAUAAUUUAGUUUUGUUAUUAAACCUUAAAUUAGUUGUAAAAAAAAUGUUUUUAAAAUUUUUUAUAUUAUUACUGUUCUUUGAAAGAACAUUGUUUUUUUUUUUUUUUUGGAAUGAAUAUUAUUAGUCUAAGAAUUCAGAGAAUUUUUCUUGUAGUUAGUAGUUUUAGUAAUUUUUUAUUACCUAAUAAAUAUUUUAUUUUUAAUAUAAAAUA